UUCAUUUUCAAUGUAACUUUAACCUAAUUGGUCGCAUGUUUCUAGUGUCGAUUAAGGUGCCUUGACCUCGAGUUGCUUUUAUGAUAUUUUGCUUGCAUAUGCUUAAAUUAUGAUGCUUUAAGAUGGGACCCCUAAAGCAGUCCAUUGAAAUACCAAAUACGACAACGAGAUAUUUCCUUGGCUGGACUUCAUGGCUCGACCCUGAAUUUACAACAUGCUUUUUUGAGCCACUUUUUUGCGUACCUGCUGUAUUAUGUUGUUUAUCUGCGAUACUUCUAGCAAUUGCGUAUUUCCUGCUGAUUUGUAAGGACUGUGUGACGAAGCGCAGCAGCUCCGCAGCCACGGCCGCCUGCGCCCUUUACUGCCUGCUUGGGAACUUAAGCGGCGCCGUAGGGGCUCUGCUCUCUAACCAGCUGCUCAUGCAGAUGGCGAUGGGUGUAUUCAUGACAGGACUGGAUAUUGUUCGUUUCAUGUUUUUCUACAUUCCCGUUUGUCUGUGCAAACAUUCAAAGAGCGCCAGAAGGAUUAAAGUGGUGGUAAGGAAGAGACGUCAAAGCUUCCUGCUCGUGAGCUUCCCCAUGGUUCUGGGGGCCUGGCUCUACUUGUGGCCUCGUGUGACCUGUGGCCCUUUGGCUGAAGCUCAGCCACAGAGACGCCUUCUCGGAAUAUCUCCACAGGACAAUGGAGAAAUCCUGGGUUACACUCUGGGUCUACUUUCCUGCAUCAUCGGCUGGACCUCCAGGCUUCCUGCUGUAACUGAAGCACACCAAGGGAUGACUGGCUCGACCAUUGAAAUUGGUUCUGGAGUGCUAUGUGUCCUGGCCGGUGUACUGUAUGCCUCUGCAGUCCUCCUCUAUGACACUCAUCUGGAGCCUGUCGUGAAGGCAAUGCCUUGGAUACUGACCGCUGCUGGAUGUGCGGCCUUUGAUGCCAUUAUUGUUGCGCUGUCCUGCUACAGGAGGUGGACAGGAUGGAAAUCUUUGAGCCAAUAUCCCAAAUUGAAUUCUGCAGAGACACAAGCCCUACUGGGGAACUCUACCCCACGUAGGCCCAGAACAACAGCCUCAGCAAGCCUGCGAGGAUUAAGUCACACUCCUCUUCAGGAUCUAUCAAGCAACAGAACUCCAAACAAGCCUGAAGUCGGACAAUAUAUUGAUGUGACCGUUCCACCAACAAGAAAGGUUUUCUCUGUCAGGAUCUGUUUGAAAGAAGUGAAGAUUUCCAGGGAAGGUCAGUGUGGGAGUCAGACCCUGAAGAGGAUCAGGGUGGUGAGAGUGGACAGUCCGCGCUCCUCUGACGGCUCCUCAGACACGUCAUCUGUCAGCUCCGACCUGGAGUGGGAUUUUGAAGAUGCAAAUGCCCAAUGGGGAAAAAUACAGAAAGAGCAAGAGAGCUGUGAAGCUUUCUCUCUCUGCAAGUGGACGAUGCUGUCAAAAGCAAAGCCUGAUGCCGAUCCCAAGCAGCCAUGCGAGGGGAAGAGCCCCAGCACCCAGCAGGAUCACUGACAGAGCACCAGGACGUGGCUGAACACCAACAAUUGUUACACUUUAACUAUAGGCCUUACUGUCUGGGGAAAAUGAACUGUUUUCUGUUUUUUUCAGAUUCUCUGUAUGCUAAAUCUGCAUGAAGAAUAUUGUUAUUAUUUCCUUAUAAAACAUGAGGCAGUGAGGAGAGAAGUGCACAGUAAAUACAGAAACCUUUACCAACAUGGAUUUAUUCAUGUGUAACCCACAACAAUUUUGAAUGACUAGCUCUGAAUCUGCCCCAAAGUGCUGGACCUCAAGCUGUUUCAGGAUCAACUGGUUAAGCUAGACUUAGCUAGCUAGACUCCAUCUAUGUGUCCAUCCAUUGUCUUACUGCUUAUUCUGGUCAAGGCUGCAGGGCUGUCAGAUACCAUUUAAUCACAUUCUGUUUGAUACACUCAGCUCAUCCUAAUUCUAU